AUGCAAGGUCCUCACAUUGCUCUGCCUGCCCAGGCAGGAUUUGCCUCUGCCAGUGCCUACGAUGCCCAUCGACCAUCAUAUCCAGCGGAGGCCGUAGAUAGACUGCUCGAGAGCCUUGGGAUGGCCGGCGUCAAAGGUGCCAAAAUUGCAGACCUUGCCGCUGGGACGGGUAAAUUUACCGAGAUCCUCGCCAGGAGACCCGAAGAGUACGACAUCGUAGCCAUUGAACCUCACGAUGCGAUGCGCGAACAAUUACAAAGAAAAGCCCUUCCUCGAGUCCGAGUGGUCAAGGGGACGGCGGACAACAUGUCAGACAUUCCAAAGGAGAGCGUGGCGUGCGUGAUAACAGCGCAGUCCUUCCACUGGUUCGCCAACGCGGACGCAGUGAAGGAGAUUGCCCGUAUAUCGCAAUCAUCGGGGGCUUUUGGUCUCAUUUGGAACAUAGAAGACUAUAAUGCACCGAAAUCUUGGAACAUCCAUCCGGGCUGGGAGUUCACGAUGCGCGACAUAAUAUGGUCAUUUGACGAUAACUCUCCACGGUUUCGGCAUGAGAAAUGGCGCCAGGUCUUUGACGAUCAAGCAGAGAGUACCACAUUGUUUCGUAUGCCUUUGGCGGAAGACUCGGUCAACUUUGAGACGUGCCUGCAGAAGGAUGCUGUCUGGAGCAGAUUGAGGACAUUAAGCCAGCUGGCGGUCCUUGAGGGCGAAGCUUUGGAGGAAGUGAGAAAGCAGUUCUUCGAGAGUGUCAACUCUGCGAAUACAGAGACUGACGAAUCCGGCCGCAUUGUUGUGCAUGGCCGUACUGUAUUCUUCUGGACGAGUAAGGUAUCUCCUCAACCAUCCACGAAGGACAAUUAG